UGCGUGUAGGCAGAGGCAUGAGACCCAAAGCUGCCUGGGGUACCUCAUCUCCUGCCACAGGGGCCAAGGUUGCCUUGAACUGAUUUCUUAGCCCUGAGUCCCAGCCUGCAGGAGGCGGCCAGAAGCCACGCAGCUCCCGAACUUCCCAAAAGCGCUGCUUUCUGGGCCCGGCCCACAGGUGACUAGAGGGUCAGACCAGACGGAAAGGAUCCGCCUCUCCUAGCCUGGGGCUCAGAAGGGCGAAGGUUGGUUCCCAAGGCCACGUGAAGCGCCCAAACCGGCAAAACUAAUGCCAGAAAAAAGUUAAGAUCGCCCAGGCCUCAGCAACGAAACGUCCCUCUGUCACCCCCAAGUGCUGCUCUUGCAACAGCUGUCACCGCCGGCGCCAGUGGGACCUAGUCCAGCCCGACAGAGGUCACAGAGGAGGAGCGAUGUCCCACCGCAGUUCUGGCAGGAGCCUCGGGCCGCCAGCGCCGCAGCUGCUGCUGCUGCCCUUGCUGCUGCAGCUUCCCUGGGCAGCCGCCGUGCGCCAACAUAAGCCACCAGGAAUCUACUAUGCAACUGCAUACUGGGUACCUCAUUCGAAGUCAGUGGAAGUCAAGAACGUGCUGGACAAGAAUGGGGAUGUCUACGGCUUCUACAAUGACUCCAUUACAGUCACAGGCUGGGGCAUCCUGGAAAUCAGAGCUGGUUAUAGCUCUCAGAUCCUGCCCAAUGAGAUCAUCAUGUUUCUGGCCGGCUACCUCGAGGGCUACCUCACGGCUCCACACAUGUCCGACCACUUCACGAACCUGUAUCCACAGCUGAUCAAGGACCCUUCCGUCAUGGAUAAAGUGCAGCGCUUCAUGGAGAAGCAAGAUAUGUGGACUCGGAAAAACAUCAAAGAACAGAAGGAUGACCCAUUUUGGAGACACACCGGCUAUGUCAUGGCCCAGCUGGACGGGCUUUAUGUCGGAGCCCUGAAAAGGGCUUACAUUGAAAAUAUGAAGCCCAUGACGAUGGCCCAAGUUCAGUUCCUGAACGCCGUUGGCGACCUGCUGGACCUCAUUCCCUCUCUGUCUCCCAAAAAAGGCGGCAACAUGAAGGUGUUCAAGAGAUGGGACAUGGGCCACUGUUCUGCUCUUAUUAAGGUCCUUCCUGGAUUUGAGAACAUCUAUUUUGCCCACUCAAGCUGGUACACCUACGCAGCCAUGCUCAGGAUCUAUAAACACUGGGACUUCAACAUCAAGGACAAGUACACCACCAGCAGCCGGCUCUCCUUCAGCAGCUACCCAGGGUUCUUGGAGUCUCUGGAUGACUUCUACAUUCUUAGCAGUGGCCUGGUACUGCUACAGACCACCAACAGUGUGUAUAAUAAAACCCUGCUGAAGUUCGUGGUCCCUGAGUCUCUCCUGGCCUGGCAAAGAGUCCGCGUGGCCAACAUGAUGGCAGUCGGCGGUAAGGACUGGGCAGAGAUCUUUUCAAGGUACAACUCUGGUACCUACAACAAUCAGUACAUGGUCCUGGACUUGAAGAAGGUGGCCAUCAAGAAAAGCCUUGGCAAAGGCACUCUUUAUAUCGUGGAGCAAAUUCCUACAUACGUAGAAUAUUCGGAACAAACCGAUGUUCUAAAAAAAGGAUACUGGCCUUCCUACAACAUCCCUUUCCAUGAAAAGAUCUACAACUGGAGUGGCUACCCGCUGCUGGUUCAGAAGCUUGGUUUGGACUACUCUUAUGACUUAGCUCCACGAGCCAAAAUCUUCAGGCGCGACCAAGGGAGAGUGAUUGAUGUGGCUUCCAUGAAAUACAUCAUGCGAUACAAUAAUUAUAAGGAGGACCCCUACAGUAAAGGUGAUCCCUGCAAUACCAUCUGCUGUCGUGAGGACCUGAAUGAAGCCAGUCCCAGCCCUGGAGGUUGCUAUGACACCAAGGUGGCAGAUAUCUUCCUUGCGUAUAAGUAUGCAGCCUAUGCCAUUAGUGGUCCCACAGUACAAGGUGGCCUUCCUGCCUUUAACUGGAAUCGGUUCAACAAAACUCUUCAUGCGGGGAUGCCAGAAGUCUAUGACUUCGAUUUUGUUACCAUGAAACCAAUUUUGACACAGUGAGGGUGGAGGAGGAAAAGGAAGCUGUGAAUACGACUCCAAAGGCACUAUAUUUAGCUCUAUUUUCCCAUCUGUACAUUUAAUAAAAAAAAAUAUUAAAUUCCC